CAUGGGGAAUGUAUUUAAUUCUUAUUUGAAAUGAAGGAAGAUAUUUACUUAAUUAUUUGAUAACCUGCUCUAUAUACAUACAUGAACAAUUAUCGUCCACAAAACUAUCGAGUGCAUUCUAUACAAUCGACAGAUAUCUGCGGACACUCAAUUUUAUCUUCCCUAUCCGAAAAACAUCUGUUCUUAUUCGUGUAUGAAAAUAUGAAUGUAGUGCACGAAUUAAGAGCUGAUGAAAAGCUCAAUACCAAUAUUGAUAAAAUUGCGCCUUGGCAUUUUUGGUGUCGCUUAUGUGCAAAGCAAGAUAUUCAAAACAUUAGUGUUUUUUUCAAAGAUGAACAUAUGGUUACUUCUACAGGCAAUGGAGAGGAAAACAAUCUCGGUCUUAAUAUUGCUAUUACGAAAUACUUUUGUGUGCAAAUAAAAAUGAAUGAUGAACUGCCAGACCGAUUGUGUACUGAGUGCUUUUCUUUAGUAACGUCUUUGGUUAACUUCAAUGAACGGGUGAUAAAAGUGCAAGAAAUGUAUGAAGCCCUUCAAAGUCUUAGUGACAUUACAGAAAUGGAUUACCAAACGUUACGUUUGAAGUUUGGUGUGCCAAUUGAUGAUCGACCACAUGAGUUUCUAUGCCGUACAGUAGGGGAGGUACACUUACAUGAAGAAAAACCAAAAAUAAAUGAAUUUGUUGAAAAAAGUUUUAUGGAAGAAGCUGUGAUAGAUAUUUCACCAAAAGUGUGUAACAAAGUUAUUGAAAUAAAGGAAGAAAAUUCAAUUGAGUUAACACCGCCGGCAGAUGAAGAUGUAUACGAUUUUGAAAAUGAAGACGCUUGUGACGAAGACCCCUUUGGCAGUGAUAGUGAUAUGAAAAGCGAUGAAAAUUCUAGUUCUAGUGAAAGUUCUGUGAAUAACUCACGAAAAAAACGUAUAAAAGAAAAACAUGACACGGAAAUAGAUGAAACAAAUAUUAAUUAUAUUAAAAAACGAAAAAUUAAAAAAAAUGAUGAUUUUAAGCAAGCAGAAGAGAGCGGCGAUGGUGAAUGUAAUGAAAUAUAUACAUGCAAAGUAUGCGCGCAGACAUUUAAAAGAAUCUCCAAUUAUCGCACACAUAUGGAACGCAAACAUGGGCAACUUGCGGUCGUACCCAAAUUCACAUGUACCGAUUGUCCAUUUACAUGCAACACCCAAGCACAACUAAAUCAUCAUGCCGUCAAACAUUUGCCGCUUACAAAGCGACGCAUUGUGCCCUGCCCUCAUUGUGACCAUAAAUUCCCUACUAAGACCUAUGUGGCCCAGCAUAUAAAGUAUGUGCAUAUGAACGAACGCUCCUUUAUUUGUGAGGAAUGCGGCGAAGCUGUGCGCUCAAAGGGACAACUUAAACAACAUAUGCUCACACAUACAGAUUAUGCACCAUUUGAAUGUGAAGUGUGUAAAAAAGGCUUUAAAAAUCAAGUGCGACUUAAAAAACACAUGGAAACCCAUAAUCCAAAUAAGCACAUUUGUGCCGAAUGUGGUUUGCAAUUAAACUCCAAAGCUACAUUGAACCGUCAUUUGUUGGUGCAUUCCGACGUCAUGCAACAUAAAUGUGAUUUUUGUGGACGAGCUUUUAAGCGCGCAAAAGCAUUAAAAAAUCACCUUAUUCUGCAUACAGGUCUCAAACCCUAUUCGUGCGACUUUUGUGAUAGAACAUUUGCCAAUGGUUCUAAUUGUCGUACACAUAAAAGAAAAGCACAUCCCGAAGAGUUAGCCGCAUUAGAAGCCUCUGGAGAAAAAGCAUAUACUAAAAAUAUACCGAAAUUAGCAGUACUGAAGUCUGUCACACGUGCGGCUGAUAAUCUAGCGCCCGUUGUUUCUAAACAAAGUGGAAAUUUCGCUUUCGGCAAAAAACCCAAACUGCCACCGGACAGCGUGGGCACUAUUAGUAAAAAACAAGCUAAAACGCUCAAACAAACCAUCGCAACGCCAACGAUUCCUGCAUCUAUCGCGUCUGGCAACAAUAAUGCCAAUCAUGGAAUACUUUCCGACUUUGAAACGAAUAACCAGCGUUUGGACGAUGAACAUAACUCGCUUGGCAGAAAUAUACCCACAAUCGAUAAUAUAUACAAUCAUCUAAUGAAGCAAACUGCCACCAACAGUGGUUGUGCUAUGAACUCUACCUCCAUACUGAAUCCCAUGCAUAUGGAACUUAAACGCUCACACAGUGAAGACUCAUCACCUGCUAACAACAGUUGUGUAGCUAUUGAUAUAACAAAUGUUAUUGCGCAGCAGCAAACGCCGCUUAAUCAGCAAAUAUUAGUGCCGGUACAAGAUGCUGCAGUCCAAAAUUUUUGUACAGCAUUUAUAAAGCAACAUCAAAUGGGUAAACAACAACAACACAUAGCUGCAUUACAACAACAUCAUGACGAAAUAUCCAUACAUAGUCCGGCGAGUCAUAUUUCUCAUCACACCGAAGAGCUCUCAACAGCAUCAGCAAGCGCAGCGGAAGCAAAUAAAUUUUAUAGCCACAUAAGACAACAUACUCCAGAUAGUUAUCUUUAGAUGUCGCUUGGUAGCAAUAGUUAUUAUAUAUACUUAAACGAAAAACUAAUAAAUAGAAUAAAAUGUAUAAUUUUUUUUAUCUUAAGGCAUUGUACAUAACAAAAUUAUAAGACAAACAUUUUAAAUAAAUUUUGUAGAAAAAUAAA